CAGGGGCGCUGGGUGUGGGUGCCGUGUGUUCCGCGCGUGCCGCCUGGCCGUCGCGGCGGUGCUGCACGGCGUCGGAUGCGGUCUAAUCAGCAUAUUUGUCAGCGAGUUGAUCCGCAAAGUCCAGAUCCUCGGCUUCGGGCAGGCGCACGGCUCCUUUCUGGAGAUCUCGGAGGCGGCCCCUCCGUGGCGACGCAUGACCUCCGUGACCUUCGCCGGGAUUUUUGGCGCGAUCUGUUGGCUCACUCUGCGGGGCAGAGACCCUGCCUUUGUACCGGUGAAGGAUAGCAUCAAGGGCCAGAAGAUGCCAAUAGCGGUUACCUGGCUCAACGCGAUGUUGCAGGACAUCGUCGUCGCUCUGGGCGGCUCUGUGGGCCGGGAAGCCGCGCCGCGUGAAAUGUCCGCGAUGUACGCGGGGCACUUGGCCGACGCCAUGGGCAUCGAAGCGGAGCACCGGAGCAUCCUGGUCGCCUGCGGCACGGGCGCCGGUCUGGCAGGGGUAUACUCCGUGCCGAUCUCUGGCGUGGUGUACACGCUCGAGCACACGCUGCACUGGAAGGACCGGAGCCCGACGACGUUGGCCAUCGCCAUUGUGACCUCCUUCCUCGCCACGUAUGUGGGGCAGUACGUCGUGGAGGCC